UGUGUAGGUUAAGUUGUUAUGACAUUCGAAGUUAUGAAAAAAUUUUUUUGGAGUUUUUUCGGAUAUUUUAUUAAUUUAUUCAGUUUAUAAAUAAGCUAUUAUUGGAAUACUUUUAUUGAAAGUGUGUAUAAGCAUUAAACAUAAAUAAUCAUGUACAGGGGAAGUGAGGGAUCUGGUCCAACGGAACUUGAAUCGCAGUUUAUCUUACGCCUACCCCCAGAGCCUGCAAGAAUACUUCGAGAAGCUAUAAACAAUAACAGCAAUUUAAAAGAUCGUUUUACUAUUAAAAUUGAAAAUGAUUUAAGACAUGGUGAAGUGCGAGUGGAUCACUGGCUGCUACCUGGCAAAGUUGUGGAUCUUCCCACAGUAGUAGAGUCCCUAAAGACAAUUGAUGGAAAAAGUUUUUACAAAACAGCAGAUAUUUGUCAAAUAUUCAUUUGCAAGGAGGAAGAUGAUCAGACAACAACUGAUGAAGAGUCUCCUCAAAAAUCUAAGAAAAAAGACCCCAAUAAGGUGGACAAAAAGUACUUGUGGCCCCAUGGUAUUACACCACCAACUAAAAAUGUAAGGAAACGUAGAUUUAGAAAAACACUCAGGAAGAAGUAUGUGGAAGCCCCUGAAAUAGAGAAAGAAGUAAAACGUCUGUUAAGAAUAGAUAAUGAUGCAGUUAGUGUUAGAUGGGAAGUGAUCAAUGAAGAUGAUGAAAAUAAGGUAAAUAAAGGCACAGUAAUAAAGAAUGAACCUGUAGAACCCAUCGACCAACCUGUGGCUGAACAUGACAUCUUUGGUGGAGCUGUGAGUGAUUCUGAAGAGGAAGAUGCUACUCUAAAUGUAUUGGAAUUGGAUGAAAACAGUCAAAAUUCUCUAGAAGAUAGUCACCUUACUGACUCAAAUUCUGUUAUGAAUAAUUCUGCUGAGAGCAAGUUAUUAACCGAAUUCUCAAGUGAAAUGUUCAGGGAAAUGCAAAAUUCUCCUUUACUUCAAGACUGCAUGGAUUAUUAUCAACAACAACCCAGUGUUUCAUAUUCUACACAGCCACUGAGCAAAGAAAGUAUUUUGACUAGACUUGAAGAAUUGCAAGCUGAAUUGGCUGACUUGAAAGCCAGACGCCAACAGCAAGAAUUGGAAAUAGAAAAUAUUGAGAAUAUUGCCCUCAGACAAAGAUUCCAGGAUAUUCUAGAUAGACUACUGCAAGAACAAAUUGAAAAAGAAACUGAACAGUAUCAGCUUGAAGAGCUUUUGAAACAGAACGAUGAAUAAACGUAGAUAUAAUAAUAAUUUAUUUAUGCAUACUUGUGCAUGCCCAUUAAAUUUAUUAUAAAUAAUUUAUCGUUUAACGGUGAUUUUAGCAAGGAUUUUUGAGACAUUAUAUAUAUCAUUUUAUUGUA